AAUUAAACGUUACGGUUUGUUGCGAGUGUGAAAGUUCUUAUUAAGUGAUCUCCAAUUCCUGAAAGAAUGGUGAAGGAAACAAAUUUUUCUAUUUUAUUAGCAAUAUUAUUCUUUUUUUGUUGCAUUCAAGAAGGAUUAUCUAUCAAAUGCUGGGUAUGCAGGUCUGAUUCAGAUCCAAAAUGUGCAGAUCCAUUUGAUAAUACUACUGUGCCUAUAACUGAUUGCAAACAAGAACCUGAUUUAGAACAUUUACCAGGUGUGAGACCUACUAUGUGUCGUAAAAUUCGUCAAAAAGUCAAUGGUGUGUGGAGAUAUUUUCGUAGUUGUGCUUACAUGGGGGAACCAGGAAUUGGUGGCGAUGAAAGAUUUUGCCUUAUGAGAACAGGAACAUAUAAUAUAUUUAUGGAAUAUUGUACGUGUAACAGUAAAGAUGGUUGUAAUACAGCCUCAUAUAAUCAUGGAAGUAUAUUUGUUUCUAUUAUAGCGUUAGCAAUUUCAUUAAGAUAUGCACUUGUUUACACUUAACGUUUUUGACCAAAGAUUACAUUUUAGAUCUAAUUAGAGGAUAUAUAUUUGAAUAUAUUUUUUUUAUGAUAUAAACAUUCAUUUGUACUUACUAAUGACAUUCUUUUCGAUAAUAUGAUCUUCAGGGAAAUAAUAUAUAUCAUUUCAAACUAUUGAAAUUGACAUUAGAAAAAAUUGAAAAAUCAUUUCAUAUAAUCAAGUAGCAUUUUAUAAGCAUUUUGUGUCUUACGAAAGAGAUAAUAAUGAGAAAAUACUCUAAGGCAAUUUUUAGAUAUCUUUUUAUCUUUUC